UGAAGCUGUGUAAACAUGGCCGAUUAAUGCCGGUCGUGCACGUUGUUGAUUUUUCAUUAAUUUCCUACUUUAUUAGAAAUUUUUGGUAGAAAUGUUUUUGCAGAGGUUUAAAAUAUUAAUUUGCGGCUUCAGGGCAAAUGACCGAUAUCGACAAUAACAAACCAAAAACCAUCUUUUUGGCACUCAAGAAACCACACUUUUCAACAUGAUGGAUCUGGACUUCGAUCCUCAAGAUUUUUUAAAAGCUCUAGUCUAUAACAAUUCUAAUUAUGAUGAGUCCGAGAUUAAAAAUACUUCGUGCGACAAGCUGUCAAAUGAUGCCCAGCAUCAAAUCCUCAUGGGAUACCCUCUCUACUUGAAUCUACUGAACAACUUAAAAAUAACGAAAAAUAAAUUAACCAACAAAAGCAAAUCUAUCGAAAAGUUGAAAGGUGCGAAUUUGUCCCUCUCGAAUGAAUUGGCGGAGGCCAGAGGAGCUCUGGCGGAGGCCAAUGCUGCUCUGGCUGUUUCACUUUCCGACGUAGAGCGUCUGAAUGAAAACAUGCAACUCCAGAUGGAAAAAUACAAAUCAGAGAAGGACUUUUUUGCCGCCCAACUGGCAACAAAUGAAUUACUCGCAAGGCAGAUGAAGUUCAAAUAUCAGGCUAAGAUUGCGACGGCAAAGGAAAAGGAGGCCAUCAAUGUUCCAAAGAUGGCAGAAAUUGGUCAAAAGAAGCCAAGCGCAAAGAGGACAAUCUCAACCCAAACCGAUGUAUCACACCUUGAACUAACUCAGAAGCGAAACUUCACCUCAACAUUGGAAUUUGAGGAGGACAAGGAUCAGUUGCCAGACUCUCCUGUUUCCUUGGCUUGCGACUCGAUUCAGUCUCCUUUCCCCCAGUCGCAUUUCAAUGCUCACAGUGUAGCUUCGCCACAGAAAUUGGAGGAUGAGGACGAUGAGUUUGAAUUGGUGCCGUGCAGCGAUGAAAACGUGUUGAGCUUUGUAGAAACCUUAGUGGAAGAAUUGCCAGUAGAACACGCCGAAGAACCUGCUCAUUUGGUAGGUCUGCAAGAACCUUCAGAGGAGGUUAGUGCCAACAUGCCGGAUUUAAAUGAAGAAAUUGUGUCGGCUCCCAAAGAAAUAACUCCAGAAGUUCAAAACAUCACAAAUGAAUCAUCUUCCGAACAAACUAUGCAAGUGGAAAAUGCUGUCAGUGAGGAAGAGAAACAAUCGUUAGACCCUGUUUAUUCUGUUGACUUUUGUGAAGAAAAAGUGGACGCUCCUGAAAAUUCACCUUUAGAACAACCUUUAGUUCCAAGCAUUUUCAACGAGCCUCUCGAAAAGCACUUGGAACCGCAGACAAGUGGUAACGUAGAAAAAACUGAAGAUGUUCAAAAUAUCAUUGAUGUUUCAUCUUCCGAACAAACUUUGCAAGUGGAAAAUGUUGUAAGGGAGGAAGAGGAACAAUCGUUAGACCCUGUUUAUUCUGUUGACUUUUGUGAAGAAAAAGUGGACGCUCCUGAAAAUUCACCUUUAGAACAUUCUUUAGUUCCAAGCAUUUUCAACGAGCCUCUCGAAAAGCACUUGGAACCGCAGACAAGUGGUAAUGUAGAACAAACUGAAGAUGUUCAAAAUAUCAUUGAUGUUUCAUCUUCCGAACCAACUUUGCAAGUGGAAAAUGUUGUAAGUGAAGAAGAGAAACAAUCGUUAGACCCUGAUAAUUCUGUUAGCUUUUGUACAGAAAAAGUGGACGCUCCUGGAAAUUCACCUUUAGAACAUUCUCUUGUUCCAAGCAUUUUCAACGAGCUUUCGGAACUUCAGACAAGUGGUUAUGCAGAAAAAACCGAAGAUGUUCAAAAUAUCAUUGAAAUUUCAUCUUCCGAACAAACUUUGCAAGUGGAAAAUGUUGUAAGUGAAGAAGAGAAACAAUCGUUAGACCCUGAUAAUUCUGUUGGUUUUUGUGAAGAAGAAAUGGAGGCUCCUGAAAAUUCACCUUCAGAGCUUACUCCUGCUCCAAGCAUUUUUGACGAGCUUCUCGAAGAGCCUUCAGAACCUCAGACAAGUGCUAAUGCAGAAAAAACUGAUGAUUUGUAUGCAGACAAGUUAGAAUCCGAUUUCGAAGAGCCAACCAGUCCUAUUUUCUCUCCAAAGUCGCCUGAAGAAAAUGAAAAGGCAGAAGAAAACCCGGCUCUGAUCGUUAAAAAGGAUUCGCAAUCAAGACGGAAGCAUCUGCUUCAUUCCCUCUUUGGGAACGAUGUUGAGGAACUGGAUCAGGGACUGUUCUUCAGCGGUCCACCGACAUCUGUAGCCGAAAGCGAAGAUUCGGACAGUGAAGUCACGAUGGUGCUGAGAGAGAUGACCACCAUACCAAGUUUCAUGCAGCCGCUGCCUCUGACGCCGAAAUUAGUGAUGCCAAACCGGAAGCGGAAGACAAAUGUGACCACUCCGGUUCCGGAGAAGACUUCCAAGGUGGAGGAAAACGUGGAACUUUUGGAAUUACUUGAAGACUGCUUGCGGAAUAUUCUCGAAAAUCCGAUAUCUCCUCUGCCGCCGUCGGACAAUGAAGAGGGAGACUGGGUUGUAGAAAACAUUGAGGAAAAGCAGCCGAUGUUGCUAAGUGAUGUUCUAAACCAGAAAAAAUGCCCAAGUGAUGUCAAAGGAGUCAAGAAGAAACUGAAAUGCGGCUCAUACAUUCUUGCUAAUGACUUUUUCAAGCAAAACUUGAAAUGCAUCGCAGUGGACGAUGCCAAUUUCUGCCCAGAGAUGUUGCUCAGCAUUUUGGAAACCGCCCGCAAUACUCCACUUAAAGUGACACGCGAGAUUCUUGCGAGGUCUUUCAUUUUAGCCGUGAUCGACGGGAGAAAAAACCCGUUGGUCGCCAAUCAGGAGCCAUUUGCGCUGACUUGCAGUGAGCGGAGAGUCAUCUUCCUGACUAAAAGGCUGGAGGAGAGCUCCGAUAGAUGGUCCAAACUCUCGGCCGCCAUUAUUAAAGAAGCUACGAUGCUCCUUUUGUCGUUCAGCCUACCUAAGAUUAAUUUCAAAUGCAAACUUGAUGAGGCCGUGAUUUCUUCACUUACAAGACUGAUAGCCGCUCUGGCGAUGCUGAUUAGCGAGCCGAGCUACGCGAAAGGACUCAUCCAGCUUGCCUGUUUGUAUGUUCCUCAUCGCGUUGUCUCGAUCGGCUCGGUUCUCGUGGAGUCGUGGCCAUGUAUGAUCGAUACAAACCUCCAAGAGGAUGCCCUUCUUCUCGACGCCCUAUACCACAGUUGCCAGGAGCCAGCGCACAAGAAAAAGAUGCUGGAGGUGCUGAGGAAAUGCUACGGCGCAGAUUUGAUUCCUGCUAAAACUUUUGAUGUCGCCAGUUUGUACGGCGCUUUUCCCUUACAACUGAUGCAGUCUAGCAAUACAGAAGAUAAAGAAGGUUCUACACUCGAUUUUAGUCCGUGUCAAUAAAUUUUGGAACCUA